CCGGUUUCAAGAAAGCAGAUGAUUUUUUUUGGCUGUAAAGUAUUUUGUAUAUAUAUUUCCUUCUUUGUUGAUAGAAAAAGUUCAACACUUUUUCAUUUUUUUAAGAAAGGGUAAUAAAGAAUGCUUGUUGAAUAUAAUGGAAACUAGUUUGACGGAACUUCAGGAUGGUGAAGAAAGUCUUGUAUGUUUAAAUGAACAUGACAAACCAGAAAUUCCAAUUGUUGGAAUUUUGCCGACAUCUUCAACACAAUAUUCACUGCCACAGAAUUGUCUUGGAAUAGUUUUAGUAGAUACUUCUUCUAGAAAUGUACAGUUAACUGCUGAUCUUAAUGGUGUUUCUUGCAACUACAGCAAUGCUACAGAACUUCCAGGGACACAACUAGUACAGUCAACAAUAGCGAUUCCAGGUAUUUUUCAACAAGUGACCCCAUCAGAAAUAGAUGAGGAACAUGUUAAUCAUGUUUAUAGUACAACACAUGUAGAUAAUGUUUGUGAGGACAGUUUAGAUGGAGGACAUCUUAUACAACAGAAUCAACUGACUAACACAACAAAUCUUCAAAAUGGAAUGAAGAAGCAGGAGGGACCUGUAAAAAAGAAAGGUGGAUGGCCAAAAGGAAAAAGAAGGAAAGAAGUCCCUGAUUUUAUUACUCCAAAAGCACCUCCAACUGGUUAUGUGCUGUUUGCAAUGCAAAGAAGACUGGAAAUAAAAGAAGAACAUCCAGAAGUACCAUUUUCACAAGUAACUAAGUUGUUAGGUCAUGAAUGGACUGCUUUAGACUUAGACAAGAAACAGAAAUAUCUAGAUGAAGCAGAUGAACUGAAGAAAAAGUAUAUUGAGGAAAUGAAAAUUUUCAAAGAAUCUGAUGCUUAUAAAAAUGUGAUGAAGAAGAAAAGGAAAGCUAGUGAAAAUGGAUUGCAUGAAGGAGAACUGGAAGGCAGUACCAAAAGUUCUAUUGAGGAAGAAAUGAACUGUUUAUUCUGUGAAAUCUGUGAUAUGUAUUUUACAAGUGCUCAUAAUAAGAAAGAACAUAUGUUUGGUCGACUACACCUGCAAAAUAUAUCGGGGGAGAUUAGAAGACAAUCAACUGAAAAAAAUAAACAAAAAGAAGCUGAACAUUUUGAUACAGAAGAUUCUGAUAGUGAACAGACUAUGUCCGAUGGACCUGUGGAUAUUCAGGGAUUUAUAAAUUCUUUUAGGGCUCAAAAUCAUGAACGAGAAAUAGAGAUAUCUAGGUUAAGGCAUACAGUAAAAUUAGCAAGAGAAGAAAAUGCCUCUCUUUACAAACAAAUUGAAGCAUUUAAGAUGUACGAAAACAGAUUAUCUAAUGAAGUAGAAGCUAAUAAACAGUACUGUCAAAAUAUAAUUAGUCAGACAGAGACACUUAAAAUGAUUUCUAGUACAUUUAGUGCAAUGUUUGGAAUACUUAACUUUGAAGUAUGACAAAAGGACAUACAUAGUUUAUUCAAGGUAUUAGUAAAUUGGGACUGUACUGCUGUAUAUGAAAGAGUCCAUUGAAGUUGUUUCUGAUCAGGUUCUACACAGCAAUCUUUAUUUCAUUGUGGUGGAAAAAGGAUAAGCUUCUCCCAUCUCCCAUAUCUAUUAUCUGUUCUUCCCUCUCUUCUUCUUUCUCCCUAAAAGUUGUCUCCCUUGUGAAAGCUUUAUUUUACAACAAAACACUAGUGAAACUUCAUGAAACAAAGUUUCUUACCUGGUGAAAAUUAUUUUUCAUUUUGACAAGAGUUGGGAUGACCAACAAGUGUUAAAUCUUCAAUUUCUGUAAUGUAAUGUUUCUCAUUGGCCAGUUUUCGAAUGACAAUGAUUUGUCAACAGGUGUCACCAUUUACCCAGUGUCAUCAAUAUAAGGAACUGCAAACUAUCUCAAUAUGUGGAGGUUUUCCCCAUGUGAGGUGUUGACCUGAAUUUUGAGAUUCUUUAUUAUAUACUGGUACACAGAAAACCUCAAAAUAGGCUAUUAAAUCAGUUAAAGUAUUUUUAAGCAAAUAUAUAUCCAUUCACAAAAUAACAGUUGUAGAUUAAAAAACACUGAUUGCAAUAUGGAAAAAUUAAUCAAAUAUCAAAAAUACUGAACUCUGAAGAAAAUUGAAAUGGAAAGUCCCUUAACAAAUGUCAAAAUCUAAAGGUCAAGCACAUCUAACAAAGUGCAUUCAGAAUAGUUGGGAAGUAAACUUAUCAUCAUAUCAAAUAAGUAUUGUUUAUAGAAGUUGACUAAUGAUCAAUCAUGUAAAGUUUGAAAUUAACCAGAAUACCAGUGUAAUAUACACUCUUAUAUGUACUCAUGACGAUCAUUUUUGUAAAACAUGUAAAGUUGCAAUUUUAAAGAACAUUUUGUAAAAUUAAUCAGAAUUAAAGAGUGACAUGUUUUUCAUCUGAUCAAAACUACAUGUUUAACAUUCUGAUACUCUAGUAACCUACAAAAAAGAGGGAUAUAUACCCUCUACAUCCAACCGGAUUCACCUAUCCUUCCACAUAUUACCUAUUAAAUUGGUAAAAGUAGGGCAAGAAUUGUCAGAGGAAAAGACAACAUCUAAGCAUCCACAUAAUCAAUUUGAUUCAAAUUUGGAAAAAUUGUUAGGACCUUAAAUUUUUGUCAUGAAGAAUUAUGCUGCUUGAUAAGUUAUAUAUUUACUGUUACAUGUAUAUGAAUCAUGGUUUCAGGACAAUAACUUUAGUAUCAUGACUCAUAGGAAUGUUUUUUUUUAUGUUUACAAAACACAUGGUGAGUUUAUAUAUAUUUAUACAUAGAACGAUUUCAUAUUUGUUACUCUCAGAGGCCGAUAUGGUGGGUUUUUUAGUGGGGCCAGGGGUUAAAAUCAUAAAACUUUGCUCAGUGCUUGGAACACAAAAAUCAUGCUUGAAAUCAUAAAACUUUGCUCAGUGCUUGGAACACAAAAAUCAUGCUUGAAACAUAAAAUCCAACAUUUUGAUUGGUUGUACAAAAAACUGACUCAAGGUUUUAUGACCGCAUGUUUAAGCCCCUCCUUAUAAUAAUUUCUGGAUCAGGCACUGAUUCUAGAGUUAUGCCCUUAUUUAUUUGAAAAAUGUCUCAUAUGAUUGUUCCUAGCCUUUGAUGGAGUUAAUUUAUAUAUCACAGAUAAUUGUUCCUAUAAUGAUUUUCCAAGGCAUCACUACCAAAAUCAGGCUAUAUCAAGAUCCAAUACUUUCUUAAGCUAUAACUGAUUUUCACUCCAUAUUAUAAUGAUAUAAUUUGUGUCCCAUGGACAUAUCUGUUCUAUAUUACUGUUGUUGUAUCUAUAACUGUUAUUUUAAAAAUAUAUAUACAUGUAUGUAGUGCACAUGAUUCUGAGAAUAUAUGUAUGCCAAUAAAGGCUUAAGUGCUUAUAAAUAUUUGAAUUUCAAAAUUUUGUGAACAUUUAAGUUUUAUAUGUUUUACAGAAUACCAAAGAACAACUAAAAAUAAAUUGAUUUCAGUCAUCGAUCACAAAAUAAAUAAUUUAAAUAUCAAAUCACUGAUGAUGGCCUUUUUACACUCAUCAAGGAUGAGAACAAGAUAAACAAUUUAGAUAUGAAAUCAUGGCCUUUUUGCACUAAUCAAAGAGUUGUAUCCUAUACAAAUCCUUGCACUCAUUAUUGAAUCACUGUGCUUCAAAAUAGCUUUACCUGGCAAAUGUGUGCAAUAUUUGUCACUGGAAUUUUUAAAACAAACAACAAUCAAUUAAUCUAUAUAGUUUACACAGAAUAACAUAAAUAGAAUAUGAAUAACGCCCAUGAUGUAGUGCCUUUUCAUACCAUUGCAGAUUUUAUGAAUUUUUAAUGCUGUAAUAUUUAGGUUAUAUCAUAGCUGAUCAUAACUUUAUAAUGUAUCAUAGCAACUAAUUAUUAGUAAUUUGUUAUUUUCAUACAUGCACAGUGAAAAUAGAACUUAUUUAAUAUUGACUUUUAAAUUGAGACAUACAUUAAAUACUCUGUAGAAGAAGCUUUCUGAAGAUUCUUCUGAAAUUAUGAUUCCAUGAAUAAAAAUUAAUUUAAA